AUGGCUUUACGAAAAUUUCCAGAGGCCCUCGGUAUUCCAAAUAUUUGUAAGGGAUUUCACCCCUAUCUUUUUUACGAUCUAAACUAUGUGGGCCCCAUGGUGGGUUUGGAAUAUUUUGAUCUACCGGCUGAGGGUUCUAAAGAGCGUUCAAAAUUUGACACGUGGUAUAAUGAACAAAAAGAGAAAACGUAUGUUUUUAAAGAAGCGAUGUACUAUUAUUGUCGACUGGAUGUUGAUAUAUUAAGACAAGGAUGUAUUAUAUUUGCACUACUAAUAAAAAAAAACCCGAAUGUAUUUCCAUUUUACGAUAAGACCUGUCACACAAUAGCGGGUUUAGAGUUGAAAGUAUAUCGUACUAAUUUUUUGAAUGAAGACACUAUUGGGCAAAUACCCGCACAGGGUUACGGGGGGAAUGUCAAUCAGAGUACCGUUGCUUUAUAUUGGGUAAGAGAGCUUGAAAAUGAUGGGGUUACAUUGUAUAGUAAGUUAUCCCCUAAUGCCGAAAGUAAGAUUAUGGGACGUUAUGUGGACGGAUAUUGUUCGGAAACGAAUACAAUCUAUCAAUUUCAUGGAUGUUUUUUUCACGGUUGUAAAACUUGUUAUGAUAGUGACAAGUUUAAUAUGGUUCUUAGUGAAUCGUUUUAUACAUUGCGUGAGCGUACAAGAUGUAUUAUGGAGGAAUUUAAAAGUAACAGGUACAAUAUUGUCGAAAUGUGGGAGUGUGAUUUUGUAAAUGAGAAUAAAUUAACUCGUAAUACACUUAAAAUAUUAAGACAAAGAGAUUUUUUUAUCAAUACUAAUCUUAACCCACGCGAUGCUUUAUUUGGGGGUCGAGUUUCACCGGCAGUUAUGUAUUGUGUAGCGGAGCAUCAAAAAAUACGUUCUUUAUACCCCUUUGUUCAAAAAAAUUAUGAAUAUCCCACAAGACAUCCUGAUAUUAUACAUGGUGUUGAGAAGUGUGCAAAAUUUAAUUUAGAGGGUAUAUUUGGGUUGAUUAAAUGUAAAAUAUUACCGCCUAGAAAUCUUUUAUUUCCUGUUAUCCCCUACCGUACAACAAAGUUAACAUUUCCGUCGUGUCGUACAUGUGCUGAUACGUUAUGUAAUACAUUUACACGAAGAAGAGGAGGAACUUGUUUUAUAUGGCACAUGGACCAGUAUUGAAAUACAAAUGGCUAUAAAACAUGGGUAUAUUGUAAGGGAAGUUUAUGAAAUAUACAAUUAUGCACACCGUGAAAAAUUUUUUCACACGUAUGUCAAUACCUUUGUGAAAUUAAAACAAGAAAGUAGUGGGGUACCCAAGAAUUGUCAUGAUGCAGAGGGUAAAGUAAAUAAUGAAAAGUUAAAUGAAUACGUUGCGGAAUACUUCAAGCACGAGGGGGUGAAAUUAGAUGCGGAUAAAAUUUCAUAUAACCCCGGUCAAAGAACUGUAAUGAAGGCUUUAUUAAAUUCGUUGUGGGGUAAAUUGGCACAAAAUGAAGAUACAACCGUGGUGUCGUUUUUGGAUCGUUUUGAUGAUUUAUUAGAAUUAGUGAAUGAUAAUAGUAUUGAAGUAACAUCACUACAUUUUAUAAGCGACAAUAUCGCGAGGACAACACAUCGAAAAAUUGCAUCGUUGGUAACCCUGCCCAAUAGAAAUGUCGUUAUAGCAUCUUUUGUGACGGCUUAUGCACGUUUAGAAUUAUUUAAAGUUUUACAUAAAUUAGAUGACAGCAUGCUAUAUUAUGAUACCGAUUCGGUGAUAUAUAUCGAGGGUGUCGAGAAAGGGCAUGUUUUACAAAGGGUAGUGUCAAUUAACCAACGAAUUAGCCGAUAAAAAUGCUAGUGAAAAAUGGAUUGAAAUAUUUUGUGCCACUGGUCCUAAAGUAUACUCGUAUCGUACCAAUGAAUAUAUUUAUACACACGAAGAUGGAACACGUAAAAAAAAACACGUGAUGAGAUUGUAGAUGUGAAGGGGUUUUCGUUGAAAGGGGAUACUAAAAAUAGCAUUAGUCAAUGUGUACGCGAUCGAAAAAAAGAAAUUAGUACAAGUUAUACAGAAUUUACGCGGUCGAAUAAUCAAACAAUCAAUGUUCAAAAAGUUGAAAAAAUAUUUCGAUUUACAUUUGAUAAACGCAUUAUCCGUAAUGAUUUUACAACUAUUCCGUACGGUUAUAUUGAUUCAUAAAAAAUUGUUUUUAUAGGGGCGCGAUUUGAAAUGUUGCACGAUACCGUUUCAACAUCCGUUUAUGAUGACGUUGUGUGGGCCUUCUCAAAGUGGAAAGUCAUAUUUUAUUGAAAAGAUAAUAAGGAACCACGAAACUCUAAUACAUCCAACAAUCGACAAACUGCUAUAUCUUUACACUAUGGACAAAUAUGACGGUAUCAAACAAUACAUUCGUGACAACAAACAGACCUCAACACUUAAGACGUUUGAAUUUAUUGAUUGUAAUAAGGGCAUACCGUCAAUGGAAACGAUUAAAGGAAAAUUGGGUAAAAACACGCUAUUAGUUUUGGAUGAUUUGAUGGUUGGUAGCAACAACAAAUUCUACAAAUCUUUUAAAUUUAAAUAAUAUUGCGUCACGUGACAGCCAUCAUUCAAAUACCUCUGUGAUUUUCGUAUGUCAAAAUUUAAAUUUUGGUUCAGGAAAAUUACGAAAUUGGCGUGUGAAUAGUCAUUAUCACGUUAUGUGUAAAAGUCUAACCGAUUUUAGAGAUGUAGAAAUGGUUGCUGCAAACAAAAAAAUAUGUCAGAGUAAAUUACACAAAGUUCUUGAAGAUAUUGGUAAAAAACAAUACAGAUAUAUUGUAUUUGAUGGGUGUCCAAAGGGCUAUGCAAAUACACAUGUAAGAACGGGAAUUUUCCCUAAAGAUGAAACUGUUAUAUACGAUUUAUAA